CGCAUAUAAACCGCAAAUUCACCACAUGUUUGUCGUCUUGUCGUCUGUUCGGCUAUAUUAAUUAAUUGGAAAUCAAAAUGGUUUUCCGCGAUAAGGUCGUUAUAGUGACUGGAGCCAGUUCGGGCAUUGGUGCUGCUACAGCUAUCAAAUUCGCUCAACAAGGAGCCAACGUUGUUCUUGUCGCUAGAAAUCAAGCCAGGCUAAAAGAAGUUGCUGCUAAAUGUUGUAGCCAUGGUGUCAAAUAUUGCAUUAUCAUCGCUAACGUCACGAAGAAAGAUGACAUUAAGAGAAUUGUAGCGACUACCGUCGAACGUUUUGGAAAAAUCGAUGUUUUGGUCAAUAGUGCCGGAGUAGGUGGAACGGCGGCUAUCUGGGAUUCAAAUGCAAUGGAAGUUUACGACAAAACAAUGGCGACUAAUCUUCGCUCCGUAGUGUACUUAACCAACCUCGCUGCUCCUCACUUAAUCAAUACUGAAGGUAACAUUGUAAACAUAUCCAGUGCUUCCGCGGUUGAUAUCAUCCUUCCUGAACAUUUCGCUUACUGUACUUCUAAGGCUGGAUUGGAUCAUUUCACCAGAUCCGCGGCUCUAGAUUUGGCGCCAAAGGGCGUGAGGGUCAACUCAGUCAACCCUGGACCAGUGAAAACCAAUUUUGUUCAAAGUUUGGAUAAGAAUAAAACCGAGCAACGUGUCUGUUGGAGUAAGUUUGAGACAAUGACCGCUCUUGGCAGAAUUUCGGAUCCUGAAGAAAUUGCUGACUUGGUGUUGUUCCUAGCUAGCGAUAAAGCUAAGGCUAUAACGGGAUCAUCUUACAUUACUGAUAAUGGGGCAUUGUUGAAGAAAGGAACAUAAAUACACCAAUAACAAGGUUUAUAAGGAAAAAGCAUGUGCUUGUCUGUAUAUUUGUGUCAUAACGAAAUUCGUCAUGUUUGCUAUUUUAAAAAUAUCAUGCUUUCUCUUACUUCUUGAUUAAAAGUAUGAUUUGU